CUAAUUUUUUACAUAUGUAUAAUGCCAUAUACGAUUUAUUUGAUUUUUCAACUGCAUACUAUGAAAAUAUUAAGUAUCCUUGUGGUUGUGUAAUUUGGAUUUCAUAUACAAAAUGUAGGCAGAAAGUUGGUGAAUAAUAACUACACAAUAAGAUGCCUGCACAGAAGAUUGAAACAGGUCAUACUGACAUAGUACAUGACGUAUCCAUGGAUUACUAUGGAAAACGUGUGGCAACAGCUUCGUCUGAUGCAAUGAUCAAAAUAACUCGUGUGAGCAACAAUUCUACUACGCAGCAUCUUGCUACUCUGAGUGGUCAUCGUGGUCCAGUUUGGCAGGUUGCUUGGGCACACCCCAAAUUUGGUUCACUCCUUGCUUCCUGUUCCUAUGAUGGUAAAGUCAUAAUCUGGAAGGAAGGCAACCAAAAUGAAUGGACACAAUAUCGUGUUUUCAGUGAGCAUAAAUCAUCGGUCAAUUCUAUUUCUUGGGCUCCCCAUGAACUUGGGCUGUGCUUGGCCUGUGGAUCUUCUGAUGGAUGUAUCUUUGUUUAUAGUGCCAGGUCGGAUGGUAGUUGGGACACCAAAAGAAUCGAUCAGGCACACCCUGUUGGAGUAACUGCAGUGUCAUGGGCUCCUCCAAUGGUUCCUGGUGCUAUAGUUGGCUCUGGUUUACUUGAUCCUGUUCGUAAGCUUGCAUCUGGUGGGUGUGAUAACACAGUGAAGGUGUGGAAGCUCUGUAACGGCGUUUGGAAGAUGGAUUCUCUCCCGGCCCUUCAGAAGCACAGUAAUUGGGUGAGGGAUGUCGCGUGGGCACCCAACUUGGGGCUUCCAAAGUCGACAAUUGCAAGUGCUUCCGAGGACGGGACUGUUGUUAUAUGGAGUGUGGCAAAAGAAGGAGAUCAAUGGGAGGGGAAGGUUUUGAAUGACUUCAAGAAUCCUGUUUGGAGGGUUUCAUGGUCUCUGACAGGAAACAUGUUGGCUGUAGCCUCUGGGGACAAUAAUGUCACGCUGUGGAAAGAAGCAGUGGAUGGGGAGUGGCAACAACUCAAAACUGACCAUUAG